AUGGCUGGAGGAGCCGAGCCGAGCGUUCCUGCCCUGCGGUGGCCAUGCCCUGGCCAUCAAUGUGGGCGUGAGACCUCCUCGAGUCCUCGUCCUCUUGGCGCCAGGCAGUCUGGGUCCCUCCUGUGCGCAGGCAGGGCGAGAGCGAGACGAACCAUAGCGCAGUGCAGGAGGCUACAGGGCAAGGCAUGGACGUUUGGUCGUUUGCCCAGUAAAUCGUGA